AUGGGAGAAAUCAACAAAAUUGCUCCUUCCCUUAUCGAAUCCGCACCUGCCCAGGCAAAUGUUGCCAAUAAUUUAUUGAAUCUGGCCAAUAAUUCGCCAAGCACUGGCACUGUGCCCAACGAGGUCUGUACAUUGAUCCCAGGACUCUUCGGAAUAGGAAUCCAGUUUGUUCUGUGUAUAAUUUCAGUUUUAAUUCUACUAUUAAAGUACUAUUUCGAAUUUCCUAGGAGACCUAAGAAGGUGUUUUUCAUGGAUUUUGUACAGCUGAUGUGCGGGUCAAGCACAGUUCACCUGCUGAACAUCAUCUCAUCAAUCCUGAUAAACAAAAUAAGACUAGGAGGAGACGGUUCAUUUGUGCAAGACGAGUGUAAUAUGUACUUUAUGACGACAGUAUUUGACGCAACAAUUGGAGUUUACAUAGAGUAUAGAAUAGUUAGGUACCUGGCAAUAAAGAAGGCGGCAAGUAAUUAUUUAAAGAAUAACCGCAAGUCGAAGUUCACUCCGACAUCGCAAGAGUUGGCUGAUGCGAAGAAGUUUGCGAUAAACUCCUUAAACUCUGCGCACCCAGGGCUUUUAAUGGGAACUUCUAGUAUAUCGACAGCAGCAAGCAUUAACCCUAUGCUCGAGUUCGGCAAAUUCAACCACAACGAAUUGGGGGAGCAUAAUCUAGGGGUGGAUUCAAGGGAAAUAUUUAUGGAAAGUAAGCGAAACGUAGGUAAGGACCUGGAGGCUCUGGACUCGAGAAGAACUUCCACCAAUGACCAGUUCUUGCACGACUUGGAUGAUAAUAUUGGAAACGAGGGAAAUGAAGACGACCUUCUCAUUGAUGAUAGUCUACCUAACCCGAGUUUUUACUCUAAUUACUUUUUGUAUAAUAUUAAUUCGUUAUAUGCCAGGUUUAACAAGUGGUCCAAUAAGAAGAAUAACAAGGAGUUUCUACUUAACCUUUACACGUGGCUAAUCAUUGUUUCUGGUUUAAAGUGCAUUUCAAUAGUUUUGUUUACGCUCUUUUCAUAUCAAAUCAAUCUAGUCACAUCCUACAUUUUGCACCCAUUCAACGACACUCACCGUCUUAAGCUUAUCUUUGUCAUGAUUGUUUCUCCCUUGUUCCUAAACGUCUUCCAAUACUACGUCACUGACUCUAUUAUUAAGAUUAAAAUACCUUUAAGCUAA